AUGGUCGACGAAGCGUCCAAAAUCAAUCACGAUAAUCACCUCCUUCUCGACCAACCAUGCCUCCGUCUGCCGUACGAACUCCUGCGCAAGAAUUUCCGGUCCGCGCACUUCCAGUUUGAGAAGGAGUCGACCUUCGUCAAGACCCUUCUCAAAGAGACAGCCAACGGGUCGCUAAACGGAAAGACAUCGCCUCAAGAUGUGGUCAAGAAUCUGGAUCAGAUGCUGGCCAAGAUGCGCGGCCUAAAGCGCAAACUGACUACCUAUGCCGAGGAAGAGAACCGCCUCUACCGACAGAUCGAUGCGCGUGUAGCCCACCUGCACGAGCUGGCCAGCGUCAGCACUGUCGACGACGUCAAGUAUGAGGCCUGGUCCCGGCAACGGCUCGACCGGCUGCUGGUCGACUACAUGCUUCGCCACGGCUAUAACUCAUCGGCCAUAUCAUUAGCAGACGAUAAGGCGAUGCGCGACCUUGUCGAUAUUGAUACGUUUGUGGUCAUGAGCAAGAUUCGCAAGUCGCUUGAGGGCGGAAGCGUCCAGGAGGCGCUGGCCUGGUGCAGCGAGAACAAGAAGGAGCUGCGGCGGAUGCAGUCGAGCCUUGAAUUCAUGCUCCGCUCGCAACAAUUCAUCGAGAUGAUACGUGCAAACUCUCAACCCGAGAUUGAAGCCAUCAAUUAUGCAAGAAAGUUUAUUCAACCUUUCCAUGACACCUACCCCGAAGAAGUGAAACAGUUGAGCGGACUACUCGCGUACCGGCCGGGUACGGAGCCCGCGACGUACGCCUCGCUCUACAGCGCGUCACGGUGGCAGAAACUGGCCGACAAGUUUGUAGAAGAGUACCUCAAGCUCCUGGGGCUACCCAUGGUUCCUCUACUGCACAUUGCCCUGUCAUCGGGGCUAUCCGCGCUCAAGACGCCGGCCUGCCACAGCGCGCGGAGCCAGGGCCAAGGCGGCGUAGCGAUCAAGAACAAGUCUUCUUCUGCUGCUGCAGCGGCUCAAAACGGAUCCAACGACACAACAACGGAACCAUCUUUAAGUUCACAGCCCCGCCAGCACCACGGCACGGCCAGCCUGACGACAAGGGUCUGCCCCAUCUGCUCGACCGAGCUCAACGCCCUCGCCCGUAACGUGCGCUACGCCCACCACGGCAAGAGCCGCCUGCUCGAGCACGACCUGAUGCUCCUCCCUAACGGCCGCGUCUACGGCAAGGCCCGCCUCGACGAAUACGCCGCCAAGUCCGGUCUGGAAUCGGGCCGCGUCAAGGACCUCGUCACCGGGGAGGUGUUUGACGCGGCCGAGAUGAGGAAGGUGUUUGUUACGUAG